AUGCUCGCGGCCCGGCUGCGUCUUGUACUGGUGUUUGUCGCGUGCCUGGCCUGGGCACAGUGCCUGGCAAAAGAUGCCGCACACCUGGACACAGUGCGCGUGCAGGUGUCCCGCUUGGAUUUGCGCGCCGGCGAUGCGUACAAUGUGAGCUGUUCGUUUGACAAGCUGAUAUCGCUGCAGGCGCUGUGCGAGGGCGACGGCAUCGAUAGCAUCUAUAUGCAGACGCGCCGCAAUGCGAAUCUGAGCGUGCGCAUACUUAAUGCGACCACUGUUUACCAUGAACAGCUGUCGGCACAGCCCAAGCAUCUGGGCGCCUACAGCUACGAGUGCCUGUGCCAUGGCCAGACGCUCGGCUCCGCCCGUUUCAUGGUGGGCGUCCGGCUGCAGGUGCAGGAUUUUGGCUGUCGCUUCCACGGAGAAGAGGCUGGCGGGCAGCUCAACUGCAGCUUUAGCCGGCCGCCAUAUAGCCGGCAGGUGGACAUGACGACCAGCUAUUGGCUGCGGCAUCGCGACAAGGAGCUCGAGUGUCGAGCGCACAGCGCCAACGCGGAGCUGAUGCACUGCAGCAUUGGGCAUACGGACUUUGACAGAUUCGCCGACUUCUAUGACCUGACGCUGAGCAUGCGCGAUCGGCUGCCGUUGCAGCCGCUGCAGCAGCAGCAUUUCCGGCUGAGCCGGGCGCAGUGCAUCCAGCUGCUGCCGGCGGGCACAAAUGCCACCGUAACGCAUCUGAACAGCACGGCGCUGUGCCUGGCCUGGCGUGACAGCGAUGGCUCCAAUCACAUUGGCUACCACAUCGACUGGAAGAUGCAGCUGCUGCCAGCGGAGCUCACCGGCUGGCGCUGGCAGCAGCCGCAUUUGCAGCAGCACAACUCGAUCUGGCAGGAAACCUGCCUGACCCAUUUGCCGUAUCCCUACUACAACUAUACGCUGCUUCUCUGGCGGCGCUACAAUGACAGCGAUGCCCACUGGAGCGAGCCGUUCGAGUAUACGUUUCGCACGAUGGCCGCGCUGCCGGCACGUCCGCCCGCCGUCUGGCCGACGGGCUAUCAUCGCAAUCCCCAGCAGCCGGACGAGCUGCGCGUCUACUGGCAGCAGCUGGGCAAGCUGGAGCAGAAUGGUCCACUGUUCGACUACCAUGUGCACGUGCUCAGGGCCAGCGACGACCAGCAUGUCAAGCAGGCAGAGACUGCGAUCGAGUCGAAUAUGGCCAUCAUCCGGAAUCUGGAGCCCUCCAAGGAAAGCUACAUAGUCGUGAUACACAGUCGGAACGCGAUCGGACUGUCGACGAACAACAGCCAGCUACGGAUACCGGAGCUGGUGCAGCCCGGCAAGCGUAUACCCAGGAACGUGAACAGAUCAAAAAUGGCGGGCAGCUUGAGCUGGGAGCCGCCGGAGCAGUCCGACGAUCUGCUCGGCUAUACGGUCUACUGGUGCAGCACGAAUGUGACGGAUCGCAGCCAUUGCAACGAGACGCUGGCCAUUGAGUCCAUGGAGCUGCUGCUGCCCACCAGUUGCUACUACGGGAACGCCAGGCUGCGCCUGGACGCGUACGAGUGGGGCGUCUCGGCCAAUUAUGGUCCGCAUAGCACCGGCAGCGGCGGCAUCUACUGGCUGGAAUGGCAUUAUGGCACGCUGCUCCUCAGCCCAAAUCCUUCAGCUAAAGUCGACUGGAUGCACAAUCUCCAGGGCAUUGUUGCUCUGGUCGUGCUUGGCGUCUUCAUAUACAUGAUUGUGCGCAAAUUUCGUACCAUGUCCGACAUUGAUGUCGUUCUGCCCGUCGGCGUGGACAGCUGCCCGCCGCAGCAGCAGGGGGAGCAGGGGGAGCGGGAUCAGCUGCAGUUGCGGGAGCAGCUGCUGCCGCCCAGCAAACGGCCGGAGCAGCUGCCGCCGAGCAUCAUGGCAGAGACCAGCAUUGGCGCCGACUGUGCCCUGCUUGUGCAGCUGCCAGCCGUGCUCCAUGGCAACUUCAAGCCGCUGAACGUGAUGCUACCCCAAACGGGCUAUGUGCCCAUCCAGUUGGCGUCACGCACCGAAGCUUUGCCCGCGGCGGAGCUUGGUUCCGUGCCGCUCAAGCAGCCGGCCUCGGCCCGUGUCGACUUCGCCUCCAGCUACAUACGGAUGCAGCCCAGGCAGACGCCGCCGGACACGGCCUAUGUGACGCCUCCAAGAGCAUACAGAUAAUGUCCCAUAUUAUCGCGGGAACAUCUUUACGCUAAAAGUACGCUCGAUCCGAUUUUGAUAACAAACUGAGCUCAACUCCAGACGCCCAUCAUUCCGGGCUCUCCAGAUAGUUUGUUAAGCGAGAGACACUCUCUCUCUCUCUUUCGCUCUCUAUAUCGCUCUCUCCCUGUCCCACUUACUCCCACUCUCCCUGUCCCUCUCUCGCUUGCACUCUGCUAUUCUUUCUGUCCCUCUCUCU